AUGACCGUGAAGCGCCGCAACCAUGGACGUAACAAAAAGGGCCGUGGCCACGUGAAGCGUGUACACUGUGUGUCCACAGCCAAGCUCAUUCCAAAAGACAAGGCUAUUAAGCGCUUUGUUGUGCGAAACAUCGUGGACCAGUCGGCAAUUCGUGAUUUAAAGGAAGCGUCUGUGUACGAGUCUUACGCGUUGCCCAAGAUUUACAUUAAGAAUUACUAUUGCGUGGAAGCCGCUAUCCACCAGCGUAUUGUGCGUGGUCGCUCGAUUGAAGCCCGAAAGAGCCGUACUCCACCUCCACGUCGUUUUGCUCCUAAACGUGCCUAA